GUUCCGUCCUCUAUAGAAACUGAAUCCAUAGCCUAAAACAUAAGCGUGGGCAUUGCGCAAGAAUGUGCAAAAUGUGUACGUGUGUAGUGUAAAUCAUUUGAAAAGGAACUGUCUUGCGUUAACCGUGUUUUUCUUUUUUUUUUGUAAAACAAACAGCAAGAAACGGAAGCAUAUUACAGUCGGAGACAUCGGGACCGUCUUUUGUAUAUAAACAGAUUGCAAGUUUUUACACGCAUUUACGUUGUUAAUUUGAUUCCGAUUCCGACUGCACAGCCUUCUCAGUACGUGCAAGCACCCGAACCCGAAACUAGUGAAACCUGUAGUAUACCGGAGUCUUUUACGGUAUGGGAAACACGUUUUUGGCAUCGCUUGUACGACCGGGCCCCGGAAGCCGUCGAGAGCUUUGGCCAGUGAGCUUUCGUGGUUAAAUUCGCACUACGGAACAUCUCGAAGCCUGUCUCGCGCCUCAGAUCCUUCCUGCGCAUCAAAACUCGGCAAUUCACUUGGCGCGAACGAAGAAUUCGAUCGCUCAUACAGGAAGCGGUUCCUCGCAGUCACCGACCGACUGACCGACCACGAGUCGGCCGUGGGAGGAAAGGCUCGCCAGCGCGUCACGGGUAUUUUUUCGCCGCCGCCUGCGGAGCCAUAUAUUUCUCUGGCAGUCGGUCAGUUGCUGGCUGUGUUCGUGAUCUACUGUUCCUAGCCACCAGCUGCGGCCCACCCGACACGAACUUAUUCCCAGAAACAUCGUCGGCGCGGUCCUCCCCGUUUGCUAGCCAGCUGACCCCCUCCCCUCUUGCUGCAACUACUCGACCUUUUUCUUUUCUUUUUCCACUUCUCCUCUUUUUCCUUCUGCCCAUUGUACUUUAUUGCCAUUAACGCUGCUUACCGACGACGCCCUCGCGUUGUCGACGUGUCAACUUUUGCAAAGUUUUCGAUCCGAGACGAGAUUCUCUGCUUGGCUGGCGUGGAGCGCGCGUAAUUGCCUUCUGCUUGUCGUCUGGUACAUGGCGAUGUAACAAGGGACUGCGGCUCGCGACAGGCUUGACUCUCGGUUGAAGGAAGCUAGGCCGCUUUUCCGGAAAUGCACUUCCGUCUGCGGUCAUCCUUAACUUGGCUGGCCAUUAUGUGCUCGUGCGCCUGGUCACGUGGUUUCACAGAUGAGGACAUUGUGCCUAUGGGUAAAUUCCUGCGGGGACAUCAUGCAUGAAGUUUGUUCUCGUGAAUCGGUUUUCUGGCCCCUUGGUUGAUGCAGUGAAUGCCACCUGACAUUUUCUUUUCAGAUUUUGACGACCUGUCAGAUGGUAAGAGCAUCGCACAUAAAAAUACAGGGACUCACGUAUGCAUGCCAGGACGAUCACGACAGUCCGAGACAUCUCUCGGAUGAACCGAAAUACAACUAUUACACAUUACGGCAAUUUUCUCUCUCGUCUUGCAGUUCUACAGGCUAUCUUUUCUGUAACGGUUAUCUUUAUUGCCUUGGGCGGACCGGACUCCUUCCCUCUGCACGUUAGCCAACUGGGUUCAGUUGUGGUCAACCUUCCUGGCAUCCGUUCAUCUCUUUCUCUCUUCUCGUUAAUGCAUUUGGAAAUUAGCUUACAUAUUAGGAACAUGGUUUUGAAGUCGCGUCAUAGCAGAUUCUUUUUCUCAGAAUUGAUGCUUACUAGACUAACUCACUUUCUGGGUUUCUCGAUAUGAAGGCGCCACGAAAUCACACACGGAUUGUGUGAUACUUUCAUGAGAGCACACGUUGAACUAAAAGAAAAAAAACUUCUUUUUUCCCCAGAAAAGACCUAUUCAGAUCCUGGCUGGUCACGGAAGCAGAGCCUCGCCAUUCGGUGCGUUCGACUUCCCAUUACGAGUUGUUCCUUUAGAAUGCCAAGUUCCAACUAUGUCGUCAAUACUACUUUGAACCCAGUGAUCCAGACUCACCGCUCUAAAAAGCUAUUUACUUCAUCUUUUUAUUUGAUUUGGAACAAUUUUACAAGAUGUUCUUAAAAGGGACAAUAAAGAGAAACUAAAUCACCCCUAACUGAUAAAUUAUUCUUAAAAAACUCGACUUUCAAUGAUUUCGCGGUAAAAAGCUUGACUAGAAGAGAAAAGUCAAAGUCCCACUUCUUGAAUUUCGCGCCGAUAACCCAGCGCGAGUACGUCAGGGCGACGUCACAGAUUUCAAACUAUGUGUCCAUAUUUGGUUCGUUGAGGCUUCAAUAAAGGUACUCUAAACUUGCUAAGUCCCGUAUUUGGCUUCCUUAGAAUACAAUGUAAGUCUACAUUCACCGAUAAAAACAUUAACUAGGCCAGAGGAUACGCCAUAAAAAUUCGCGCUGGUGCAGAAUUUCCAAGGUGGCGUCGCCACCCUUCUUUAGUUUUCUGUGUCUAAUCUAACUAAACGUGGCCUCCGAGAUAUGCGCGUGCCGGCUAAUUUUGAAAAUCAAUUGGCGCGCGCAAAUCUUGGAGGCCAUGAUAUAAUCAAGCCUCCUCCCAAGAUGAGACUCAUUUCGUGUACUGAGGAAGGGUAAUUUACUAGAUGCAGGUCGACCCACUUUUUCUCCUUAGUGCUCCUUUAAAGCACGUUAGAACAUUUACAUAGCUCAGUAUGAAUUUAUUACUCGACGUGUACUUAAGAGUACGCAAACCAUUUUGCGUCCAAUUGAUAGCUGUGUUUAAGUACCGUUUCUCAAGUUUCCAGAGGAAGGGCUUACUUGGACAAAUUCCAGAGAAUACUGACCGACCAGGAAGUACCGAGAAGAGUUGAAUCGCAGAUCAUGAGAGAAUUUCAGCUGAAGCUUGGAAAGGAAUUUCGAGCAUGGCUAAGCUCCGCAGGCUUCACAUCGUUAGAAUGAAUUCGCGGAAUCGAUACCUACGCUUUGGUGAGUCUAUUUGUAAGUUCAUCCGGAAGACGACUCCCCUAAUCGUGAAGAAAAUGUCGUCCCUAAAAGACGACGACCGUACCGUCACCGCCAACAAGAUCAUCAAUAUUAUUGGUUCCAUGCUGUAUCCACAGCCAACGUGCUCACAUUCUUUCAAGCAUGGGAAUCGAAGGCAAAGCGGCCCCGAGGAGACCACGGAACUUGUAUCGACAACAACCGAUGCUUACGCUAACCAAACUACGACGACGACUGAGGAAGAUUUUCUCGAGGACGAGCGAGCCGAAAUAUCUAUUUCCACUUUUCUUAAGGCCGCUCAAAAGCUAGAGUCAGUACAUUCCUCUCUGCACGACUUCAUCGUCUACAAGUGCAACGUGGAGAACGACGUGAUCAAAGUUCUCGAAGGAUUCCUCAAGAUAAUUUACUUCGGCGACUAUCACAGGCUGCUGAACAUGAUCGAACAGUUUUUCGCUCACUGACAGAACGCUCGUCUCUCAAACGCCUCCACCGAAAGCCGUCGCCAGAAUUGAAAAGGAAAUAAAACUUGCACAC